ACGACAUUCUUCACUAGCAACGUCCCGGCUAUCUUAGUAUCAUCGAAGAACGAUCUUAGUCAGUGGAAUGUCGUUGAUGGCUCUCCAGUUACUCGUCCAGAUAGUGGAUGCCAAGUGGUCGAGACCGUGCCUGAAUACUCCGAGCACUACAUUUAUAGUUAUAUCUACCACCGUUUCCUGGGUGUGCAAAGUAUAGUUAAUUCACAACACUUAAGCGCCAUCGUACAUGGGCUAUGUGAUAGUGAUGGAAGCCUACUGCAGCCUAGCUACCGAAUGGCAGGCUUCAUCGGCCUACCUAAUCCUAUUUUUGAUGCCGCGAACUAUAACCCUACUCUACUACCCAGUUUUCUAUAUAACUUAUUGAUUAGCUAUAAACGCCUCGGCGAUGAGCUAGUUAAGGCCUUAAGCAAAUCGGUAGAAGUGGACGGCGUAAUGGACGACGAAAUGGAGGGCGGGAUAGAGAGACCAACUCCUCUACCCGAUCACGCUGCUGUCUUCCAACGUAGCUAUAGCUUCGUCACCUAGGCGACGAGCAUUAAGGACGCAGCCUAUAGGGCCAUUCAUAUAAGAGCCAUGAUGCUACGAAAUGACACAGCAUUGGACGUAUUCUACUUAAAUGAGAGGGAAGCGAGAGAUUAUAAUAGAACGAUUAAUCGAAUAUUCCCG